GAUGCCUUCAAUUAAGACACAUCAAACCAUAACCAUGGCGAAUUUUAGGACCAUUUGUACAGCAAUCGUCUAUAUUAUAUCUACUAGUACGUCUGUUGUAUUGUUUGAGUUAGCGCCGAAUUAUGCUUUGACGUACGACGAUUAUGCCAAUUUAUGUGCUCCGACCAUUUCAUGUGACUCCAAUACCAAAUAUCGAAGUAUUAAUGGAUCAUGUAAUAAUUUAAAAACUCCGUGGUUAGGUGCUUCUAUAACUCCACAUUUACGAAUACUUGAUGCUUACUACGAUGAUGGAGAGUAUGAAUUCCGUAGACAAACAAACGGCAAUCCAUUGCCCAACGCAAGAUAUAUUCAAUUGAAAUUGUUUCUUGACAAACAGUUUCCGUAUCAAAACGAUCAUAAUGUCCUUUUUAUGGAAUGGGGUCAAUUUAUUGCACACGACACAACCCAUCUACCACCCGACGUCUCAGUCGGUAGCAAUUGUUGUGAUUUGCAAAAAAACAAUCCGGUGCCUCCACAAUGUCAAGCGGUCAUUGAAGUACCGGCAAACGAUCCGACUUAUUCAAAACUCGGACAGACGUGCAUCAAUUUUAACCGUGCGCGGACGUCUAUUUCCGAAGGCUGUCAAUUAAAACCUGCAACAUUUAUGGUCCAGGCGACACAUUUCAUCGACGGAUCUCAAAUAUACGGUUCUGGAGAAGAAAUUGCAGCAAACUUGCGGUCUUUCAAAAACGGUCGAUUAAAAUCGGACUUUUUCGUAGGUCAACAAGAAUUUUGCCCUCAAAGGAAUCGGACGUCAUUGCGAUGUGACACGUCAGCACAUUCGUUAAUUUGUUAUUCUGCUGGUGACAGUCGAGUAAAUCAAAAUCUAGCAAUAGCUCUUUUUCAAAACUUGUUUUUGAGAUUCCACAAUAUUGUAGCUUAUCAAUUGUAUCGUUUCAAUCCAUUUUGGUCUGACGAAGAAAUUUACCAAGAAUCGCGUAGAAUUGUAAUCGCCGUCAUUCAGCACAUUACUUACACUCAUUAUCUGCCAAUUUUAUUAGGAGAAAAGUUUAUGUAUUCCCACGGAUUCUUCGGACAAACAGUAUAUGACGAAACUGUAAAUCCGAGCACGACCUUGGAGCAUUCGACUGGUGCGUUCCGAAUACUCCAUAAGCAAAUUCCUACUGUUUUAAACAUGAUAGACGAAAACCACUUCAACUUCCAUCGCGUUUUACUCACCGAUUGGAUGAACAUUCCCGACCUUCUGCCAUUACCAAAUAACUUUGAUGGACUAUUGCGUGGAUUUCAAGAGACACCUACUCGUGAAGAACAACCGUCAUAUAACACUUGGAUUUCAAAUUUCUUAUUCCAACAAACCACACCAAAAUUCAGGGGCAAUGAUUUGCUCUCGGCAGAUAUACAAAGAGGUCGCGAUACCGGGAUGCCGCCUUAUAAUAAAAUGAGAUCGGUUUGUGGAGUCCCGGAAGCUACAGAAUUUGACGACCUAAUUGAUUUAAUCGCUUACGAAGACAUCCAAAAAUUGAAAACCCUCUACUCUUGUGUGGACGACAUCGAUUUUAUCGUGGGUGCACUAUUAGAAAUGCCCGCCGAAGGUUCAAAGGUUGGUCCCACGUCUCAGUGCAUAAUAGCCGAUAAUUUUUACCGACAAAAGAUUGGUGAUCGUUUCUUUUACGACGUACGAGGACAACCUGGAAGCUUUACGCCGGAUCAAUUACAUACAUUGAAAAACGUGAAUUUUGGCAAUGUAAUAUGCGCGACGUCUAAUCUCCGCUAUUUACCGGAAGACAUAUUUAUGCCGUUCGACAGCAAAUCUAAUACAAGACAAAUCGAUUGUAACGUUUUUACACUAAAUCUGAACGCGUGGAAGGAUAUUUAUUUUAAUGAUUAACUAGUCAUAAGUUAUCGUUUAUUUAUUUUUAAUUUUAGUUAAACUUUAUUAUAACUAUGUAUAAUGUACCAUAAUAUUUUAAAAUGUCGAUUUACUUUAUAAAAUAAUGGGUUGGUUAAACCUGUAUUGAGUACCUAUAUGAACAGUUUCAAGAUAAUUAUAACCAUACAAUACAAUCACAGUAUUUAUGUAUUAUGGACUAUUGUGUAGGUAUGUUGUAAGACAGUAUGGUAUAACUGCUAUACUAUGUGCAUAUAAUAUCAUUACAGCAUCGUUAUUGGCUAGUACGAAGCCGGUUUAAAAAAAAAAUAGACAGUUAUGCAUAUUUAGUUGCCGUCCACGACGCCGUUAUUGUUAUAUGAAAAAAAUAUAAUUAUUUCAGAAGUCAGCAAGUCCAUGAUUUUUCACAGGUGUAUGGGCGUUGGCAGUUAUGAAUAUGUUUUAUUGUAAGAAAGAAGAGCAUUUAUUAUAUUAAUUUUAAGAGCGGAGUGAAUAGAUUACAAGUAUUAAUUGAUAAUUCAGACUUCAUAAGUAGUUGUUAUGGAAAUUAAUGUAGAAAGAAAAAUGAGAGGAAAUGGCAUACAUAAUUAGGAGAACUUCUUCUUCUACAUCAUCUGAAGUCAUUCAAUUGUUUUUUUUUCUAGUUAUUUUUGACACAAAUUAACAAAAUACAAAAUUUUAUCAAUUUUUGUUAACCUUUAGAACUAGAUAGGUACCAGUAACAUACAAAUUGAAUGUAAAUACAUGUUUUUAAGAAAAUUAUCUUUAACCUUUCUAUUAUAUAAUAUACAUGUUGUUAUAUGGGCUCAAAAU